AUCCUCAUUCCCACUCUCUGGAUGAGGGGCCAACGCUGGGCCUCAGUUUCCUCAAAGGAAGUGGGAGGAAGGGAGUGGGCACCUCAGUGCAGUGGCCCCUCGCAAUCUCUGAGGCCCGGACUUUCUCUCCUUUGCAGCUCCUGAACUGACUGGCGCUGUCCUGCCCCAUGGACGCCUCCUCUAGCCCUUGGAAUCCCACCCCGGCUCCCGUCAGCAGUCCUUCCCUGCUGCUCCCCAUCCCUGCCAUCGUCUUCAUCGCUGUGGGCAUCUAUUUGUUGCUGCUAGGCCUAGUGCUGCUGACUAGGCACUGCCUGCUGGCCCAGGGCUGCUGCACCGAUUGCGGCUCCCCCUGCAGGAAGCAAGCUGCUUCCAGGCCCCAGGACUGUUGCUGGACCUGUGCAGAAGCCUGCGACUUCCCUCUGCCCAGCCCAGCUCACUACCUGGAUGCCUGCUGCCCCCAGCCCACCGAAGCUGGUUGGGCCCCUCGUUGCCCUCCUUGCUGCCCACUCUGCGACUGUGCCUGUGCGUGCCAACUUCCUGACUGCCAGAGCCUCAACUGCCUCUGCUUUGAGAUCAAGCUCCGAUGAGGACCCGAAGUCCCUGCCCUCUGGGGAUUGGCCAGCCCCCAGGGCCCACAUGCCCUCUUCCCUGAGGGGCCUCAGGA